AUGUCAUAUGCUUUGGCUUCAAAGAAACGAAAGUUUCACCGUGUUCUAGACUCCAUCUCCCUCGGAGCCUCUCAGAGACCAACAUCAGCACAGCAAUCCUCAUCAGGCAACAAGCUCAUGCUUGACGGAACAGCACAAAUAAACCCUUCAAUAAAACGUGUUCGAUUAUCAGGAAGUGAUAAUUUCGACGAUUCACCCGUUCUACUCUCAGGAAAAGCAAUCUCCCGGCAUUCGACGCCUUCAACCGCAUCUUUACGACCUAGCUUUGUACCCUGGGACCGCGAGCGAUUUUUGGAACGACUAGAAACGUUUCGCAACGUUGAACGGUGGAAGCCGCAGCCAGACACUAUAAAUGAAGUCCAAUGGGCAAAGCGAGGAUGGUCGUGCACCGAUAAGAACCGAGUUGAGUGCGUUGGCGGGUGUGGCCAUUCUGUUGUUGUUAAGUUGCCCGACGAUAUAGAUGAACUGGAAGAAUACGACAGUGAAAAGAUAGCAGAUCGGAGAGAAAAUCUUACUAACAUAUUGAUAGACUCAAUACAUCGUUUGCCAUUAACUAACGCAGAGACGACAUUGCGGAAUCUCCAGACACGAUAUAAAAACCUCGUGUCAGCCGGUAUUAGGCUUCCACCGAUAAAUGUUCUUAUCUUGCCUGAGAAAUUUAACUUAGAAUCAACGCUGGCCUUCCUACCACCCGGAAUCCUUGAUAAUCGCGCGGAAAUAACUGAACCAGCGAAUUUUGUGCCAAGUAGUGAUACAGAAGAUCCCACGGAAAAGACAUUACCAGCUGUUAACAAGGCCGCAUUCGCUCUUGCGUUCUUCGGAUGGGAUAUCGCUGGCGAAGCAAAUGCUGGCUUGGCUGGCUGUAAGGCGUGUUUCAGGCGGUUGGGACUAUGGAUGUAUACGCCAAGGGAAGAUGGAAGUGAUCCUCUCUACUCUGAAUUAAAUAUUGUUGGUGAACAUCUGGACUAUUGCCCUUGGAUAAACCCUGGAUCCCAGAGCGGAAACAAGUUUGGGCAAUGCGGCUGGGAAGCCCUAGGUCGUGUGGUGGAAAGUGAACAUCGACGGUAUAUGUGGUCUAAAAAUAAGCCACGGCAAGCUGAACAAACCUCGUCAAGCCAAACAGAAAACAUCCCUGAGUUACUAGAUGAGGAGACCAGAAAGACCAAAGACAGGGAGUGGUGGGCGAAGCUUUUGCGCGUCCGCCAGGUCCUUCAAGCAAAGGGAACUAAAAAGACAAAACUACAGUGA